UAAACAAAAACAGUGCAGAGUUGUACGCGUUUGUGUGGUGUGUGUGCGUGCAUCAGCCUGCAACGGCUCGGGAGAAAAUAACACAACUGUCUCGCCAGCAUUCAUUCAUUCCAUUCUCGACCCCUUGGAUUUUUUGGAUAAGAAAAGAAGCGAAGGAAGCCCCUACAAUGCUCUCCCUUUCACACUGAUCAGAGAAAUCAUUGGGAGGAGACUGACAUUCACUAAGCUGCAUAAUUUCAGAAAUGUCGAUGAGCUUUGGCUUUGUUGGCAAAGUAUUUCAAGGUUUAAAAGGACUAUACAAUGGAAUUAAUCCAGCCACCCUGACGGGAGCAAUCGAUGUCGUGAUUAUUCAACAAGAAGAUGGGACAUUUUUGUCAUCACCAUUUCAUGUCCGCUUUGGAAAACUUGGAGUUUUACGCUCCAGGGAAAAAGUGGUGGACAUUGAAAUCAAUGGGGAAUCGACUGAUUUGCAGAUGAAACUUGGAGAGGCAGGAGAAGCAUUCUUUGUCCAAGAAAUAGAAUCUGAAGAAGAGGAUGUCCCUGCCUACCUGGCCACGUCGCCGUUGCCCUCCGCCAUGCACCUCAUGGAAAAGGGCAUGGCGGAGCUCCAUCAGCAGACUGACUCUUCCGAGGCUGUCUCUGGUACUGGCAGAGUGGCUCCCUCAGAGUCGUUGCUCAAGGUGAAAGACCCCCGCAGCGACAGCUCGUGGGAUGAAGCCAAAGCCAGCGGGAGACCCCGUAGGAAAGUCCUUAAGAAGAAAAAGCAGAAGGUGGCCCCUGGAAGGGGAAGCAUCCGCUCUGUGUCAAUGCCGGAAAAUGUGGCGGAGCAGGAAGCAAUGUUUGAGAUGGAAGUGACGAAUUCGUCGGAUGAUGAGGAAGUGUCCCAGCACAUGUUUGUCAGUCUGAGAAGCACGAGCUCACCCCAGAUCAAGGACAUGGGAAACGUGCAGGGUACUACCAGCCAUCGCAGAAUGAGUUCACUGGGCAACACUUCAUUCGUCACCCCGUUUAGCGAUCCUGAGACUUCUCCUAUUGGCAGCCCGGUCGGCUCAAGGCCUUCCACCCCCAAGAGUGACACAGAGGUAGACAAGCAGCACACAGAGGAAAAUCAGACCUCAGUGCUGAUGGAAAACAGUGCCACCUGGCAGUGGGGACAGUUCCCCAAGAACUUGGAGGCCGUCACCGCUUGUGCUGAAAGUGGGGAGCCACUUAGAAAGGCUGGAUUAGAAGAUGCUGCUCAAGCCUCUGGUGGUUUCAUGUCCAUGUGGACUGCCAAGCCAAAAUCGGUCCCUGAGAAGAAAAGCCAGGCUCCGGAGGGUAUCUAUCUAGAUGAUCUUGCCAGCAUGGAUGAUCCAGAGAUGGCGAGGAUCUAUCUAGGCAGGCCCAGAGAGAAGGAGGAUGACACAGAAUCUGGCCGUGGUCAGUCCUUGCCCCAGUCCCCAAACUCUGUGGAGGGAGCUAUAGGAGGGCCAGUCAGUUUCACCAUGUCCGAAGUGAGGCACCUGGGUCCGGUCUCCCUCUCUUUGUGCGGUGGCCUCAACGACCAAGAGGGGAUCUCGCUGGACAAGUUUAUGCAGAAAGUUGUCACGUUUGAGGACCUGGCUGACCAUCCCAACAUCACCCUCAACCCAGACCUGGUGGUGAAAAUUCACGACAAGUAUUACAAUUGGUCUACAGCAGGACCCAUGGUGCUUUCCCAAAUCGUCUUCCAUAAACAGUUGCCAGAGCCCACCAAGCCGGCUGUGAAAGGCCUGGAAAAGGAGCACAUGCCAAAGAAAGAGAAGAAAAAGAAAAAGAGCUCCUGGUUCUCCUGGGGCCGGUCGGCAGAGACGGAGGCUGAUAUAGAGACUGGCCUGCCCACGACUGAUUCCAGUGAGGGCUUGAACUCUGUCACGGGCUCUGCUUCCACUUCUACUCUCACAGAGUCCAGUCAGAUGAAAGAUCUGUCUGCGUCGAUGUCUCCCCCUGACAGUCCUGGCCAUAGUGCCUCAGAUAGCCAGAGAAAGCACAGGACCUCUGAGACCAGAUUGCUUUCGGAGGAAAACACGUCGACAGAGACGGACACAGAUGCUUCCGAGAAGGAGCCCUCUAAGUCGCCGUCGCCUCCAACUGUGAGCUCCGACCUGAGCCAGCACACAGAGGAAGUGGAGAUCAUCCGCCGCCAUCGUUCAUCCACCUCAGACUCCUUCAUUGAGAAGACCAAGAGAGUCAAGUUCAUCAAGACGCUGAGAUUGUCUUCUGAGCAAGUUGGCAAGAUGAACCUGAAGAGUGGACGUAAUGAGGUGAUCUUCUCAGUGACCACACAGUAUCAGGGCACCACUCGCUGCGUUUCGCACGUCUACCUUUGGCACUACAGCGACAAGAUCGUCAUCUCAGAUAUUGAUGGAACCAUCACAAAGUCGGAUGCUCUUGGCCACAUCAUGCCCAUCCUGGGCCGUGACUGGUCCCAGUCUGGGGUGACUGAGCUCUUCACCCGCAUCAACAACAACGGCUACAAGCUAAUCUACCUGUCGGCGCGCGCCAUUGGCCAGAGUCGCAGCACCAAGGACAUGCUGAGGAACAUCAAACAAGGAAAUCUGGUGCUGCCCGAGGGACCAAUCUUCCUGAACCCCACCUCACUGUUCAGCGCUUUCCACCGAGAGGUGAUUUUGAAGAAUCCAGAGGAGUUCAAGAUCAGUUGCUUGAAAGACAUUGCAGCAUUAUUCCCAUCUUCACCUUUCUAUGCUGGAUUCGGAAACAAAGUUAAUGAUGCAAUUGCAUACAGAGAACUCAGCAUCCCCAACUUUCGGAUCUUCACCAUCAACCCCCAGGGCCAGCUUAGACACGACCUGUCUCUCACUUUCCUCUCAUCCUAUUCUGGCAUGUCAGACAUCGUGGACCACUUCUUUCCGAGCCUUGACCAAGUGGACCGGGGCACCUCCCUGGAGUACAACCCGGUCAACUACUGGAGGGAUCCAAUCCCCUGCCUCACAGAUGAUGAGCUGGCCCUCAUCUCGGAGACUCAGCAAGAGAAAGAGAAGAAAUGACUAACCGAUGAGGAGCCGGUGCCUGACAGGGCGAUAGCCGAGCAGGAUGACUGCUUGCCACAGGGGGAAGGGUACGAAGGGUUGGGGUCUGAGGACUUUUGGGAUAGGUGGAAAUCAGAAGAGCAGAGCCAGGGGGGAGGAAAUUUCAGCAGGAAAUAUAUCGUUAGUACAGAUAGAGAAGAAUGUAUCAGUGGUACAGUGAGAGAAGAAUGUAUUAGUGGUGUGGAUAGUGGGGAAUGUAUCAGUGGUGCUGAUAGUGGGAAAUGUGUAGAUGGUACAGAUAGAAGCGCUGUAUCUGAGGUGUUGCUGGACCAGACUGAUGGUGUUGGGAAUGUGCUCAAGAAAAACAGUCCAGAGAAUGAGACUUUGGUGCAAGGGCUUGGGAAGGUGGCCAUUGACGUAAUUCGGGAUGGUGACAGUGACGUCGUCAUUGGCGUAACUCAAGAUGACAAUGAUGACAGUGACCAGGUCAAGGGUGUAACUCUUGAUGGCAAUAAUAACCGUGGCCUGGUCAUUGGUGUGACUGUAGAUGACUGUGGUGACUGUGACCCGUAUGUUGUGGUGGGUACGGCGGGUACAGAGA